AUGAACUUCGAAGGGCUCAACCCGUCGCUCGCUGACUAUGCGGCCCCGCUGCACCCGGCGCUGGACCCCGUCCUGGACCCGCACCUCAACCCCAACCUGCUGCCCAACGUGGAGCUGGACCCCGAGGGCGUCCCGCUGGAGGGGAUCCCGGUGCCGGAGUCGGUGCACCUCAUGGAGGGCGUGUACAGCGAGCUGCACACCGCCGUCUCCGAAGUGGGGGGGCCCGUCUCCGUCUCCCACUUCGACCUCCACGAGGAGGUGCUGGGGGGCCACGCCACCUCCUUCUUCGGCCCGACACUGGAGAGAUAUUCCUCCUUCCAAGUGAACAGCAGCGACGAGAUCCGCCAGAUCCAGAGCCUGGAGAACGGUGUCCUCUUCCUGACCAAAACCAACCUGAAGUACAUGUCCCGGGGAGGCCUCAUCAUUUUUGACUACCUCAUGGACGAGUCCGAGGACAUGCACAGCCUGCUGCUGACAGACAGCAGCACGCUGCUCGUCGCCGGGCUGCAGAACCAUGUCCUUGAGAUAGACCUCAACACCGUCCAGGAGACGCAGAAGUACACCGUGGAGGUUCCCGGCAUCACCAUCAUGAGGCAAUCAAACCGCUUCUUCUUCUGCGGGCACAGCUCGGGGAAGGUGUCCCUCCGCGACCUGCUCCUCAAGGUGUACGACCUGCGCAUGAUGAGGGCCACCACCCCCCUGCAGGUCCACAUCGACCCCUUCUUCCUCCGCUUCAUCCCCACCUACACCUCCCGCCUGGCCAUCAUCUCCCAGACAGGUCAGUGCCAGUUCUGUGAGCCCACCGGCCUCGCCAACCCCGCCGACAUCUUCCAUGUCAACACCGUUGGGCCUCUCAUCAUGACCUUCGACGUCUCGGCCAGCAAACAGGCGCUGGCUUUUGGGGACUCGGAGGGUUGCGUCCACCUCUGGGCUGACACCCCGGACGUCACCUUCAACACCUACUCCCGGGAGACCGACUUUGCCCUGCCCUGCAUCGUGGACACGCUGCCCCACCUGGACUGGAACCAGGACCUCGUGCCCCUGUCGCUCAUCCCGGUGCCGCUGACCACUGACACCCUGCUCUCCGACUGGCCCGUUGCCAACGCCGCCCCUGCUCCCAGACGGGCCCCCCCGGUGGACCCCGAGAUCCUGCGCACCAUGAAGAAGGUGGGGUUCAUCGGCUACGCCCCCAACCCCAGGACCAAGCUCCGCAACCAGAUUCCCUAUCGCUUGAAAGAGGCAGACAAUGAGUUUGACAGCUUCAACCAAGUCCCCGAGUCCCCCAUUGGGCGGGAAGAGGAGCCACAUCUCUACAUGGUGGCCAAGAAGUACAGGAAGGUCACUAUCAAAUACUCCAAGCUGGGGCUGGAAGACUUUGACUUCAAGCAUUACAACAAGACGCUGUUUGCGGGCCUGGAGCCCCACAUCCCCAACGCCUACUGCAACUGCAUGAUCCAGGUGCUGUAUUUCCUGGAGCCGGUGCGGUGCCUGGUCCAGAACCACCUCUGCCAGAAGGAAUUCUGCCUGGGCUGUGAGCUGGGCUUGCUCUUCCACAUGCUGGACCUGUCCCGAGGAGACCCCUGCCAGGGAAGCAACUUCCUGCGGGCUUUCCGCACCAUCCCAGAGGCUUCAGCGCUGGGGCUCAUCCUGGCUGACUCGGAUGAAGCCACGGGGAAGGUGAACCUGGGGCGGCUGAUUCAGAGCUGGGACCGCUUCAUCCUCACUCAGCUGCACCAGGAAACCCAGGAGCAGGAGGGACCACAGGCCUAUCGCGGGGCUGGCACCACCACCUUUGGCUCCUCAGGGGGCUCGGUCAUUGGGCAGCUCUUCAGCUGCGAGAUGGAGAACUGCAGCAUGUGUCGCUGUGGCAAGGAAACGGUCCGGGUGUCCUCCACGCUGCUCUUCACCCUCUCCUACCCCGAGAGCACGGAAAAGCCAGUCAAAGACUAUGAGUUUGCCCAGAUCCUGAAGCGAAGCAUCUGCUUGGAGCAGAACACACAAGCCUGGUGUGAGAACUGUGAGAAGUACCAGCCCACGGUCCAGACGCGGAACAUCCGCUGCCUUCCCGACGUCCUGGUCAUCAACUGUGAGGUGAACAGCUCCAAGGAGGCCGAUUUCUGGAGAACACAGGCUGAGUGUGCCUUUCAGAGGGCCAUGAUGAGGAGGGGCGGCUUCGACAUCACCAAAGGCAAAGACAUCUCUCUUGGAGAGUGGAAGGAGCUGGGGAACCCCGAGACGGGGCAUUCCUAUCCUUCCGUGGAGGAACUUAAGAACAUUUGGAUCCCUCACGCCAUCAAGAUGAGGCUGACCAAGAGCAAGGAGCUGGACGUCUGCAACUGGAGCGAGAACGACGAGCUGAGCCCCACCGAGGACCCUGAGUCGGUCUAUGUCUAUGAUCUGAUGGCCACCGUCGUCCACAUCCUGGACUCCCGCACCGGGGGCAGCCUCGUGGGACACAUCAAAGUGGGAGAGACCUAUCACCAGAGAAAGGAGGGAGUCACACACCAGCAGUGGUACCUCUUCAACGACCUGUCCCUGCAGUGCGAGGCAGUGCAGUUCGACAUGAGCUGGAAGGUCCCGGCCAUCCUCUACUACGCCCGGAGGAACCUCAACGCCAAGUACAACCUCGUCAUCAAGAACCCCAUCGAGGCCAGCGUGCUGCUGGCAGAGGCCUCGCUGGCUCGCAAGCAGCGCAAGUGCCACGCCACCUUCAUCCCCCUCAUGCUGAGCGAGAUGCCGCAGGCAGGAGACCUGGUGGGGCUGGACGCUGAGUUUGUCACCUUGAACGAGGAGGAGGCCGAGCUGCGCAGCGAUGGCACCAAAUCCACCAUCAAGCCCAGCCAGAUGUCGGUGGCCAGGAUCACGUGUGUGCGCGGGCAGGGCCCCAACGAGGGG